UAAGAUCGGAGCAUUUAGUGAACUAAAAUGUUAAUUAUUGAAACGACAUACAAUGAGGAAGAGAAACUAUGGCAUGGAGAUGAUAUGGAGGUAUUUUAUGAUACUGACAUAACCAUAGGAGAUGUUAUUUUCAAUGCACUCAAGGAGAAUCCCAAAAAUAUAUGUCAGGUUUGGCAUGAGAAAAAUGAAGUUAUUACAUGUGAGGAGACAUUAACAAUGUCCAUACGUUUAGCUCAGUACUUUAAGGAUUCAGGAUUCACCCAUGAGCACGUUAUUGGUAUUUUGUCCCGUAAUAAUGUACACGAUACUCACGUUAUGUUUGCGUGUUUAUUCAAUGCCACACCCUUUCAUGCUGUUAAUCCGUUGUUGGAGCCGGAUGUUAUUGCUGCAUUAUAUGCGAUAACGAAACCUAAGCUGAUAUUCUGCGAUGGCAACGAUUACGAUCUAAUCAAGUCGAUAACUCUUGAAUGGAAUCCCACAAUUUGCACGCUUAUCAAUCACAUUGCGAAUGUGUCAAAGAUUGAAGACCAUUUUAGGCCAACGACCAGCGAAAAUUCUUACAAUCCCACAAAAUUAGUGAUUGGUGAAAAUCAAACAAUGGGCAUUAUUUGCACCUCUGGCACAACGGGAUUGCCUAAAGCCGUGACCUUAUCCAAUGCUCAAUUGGUACUGAUAGGAAACACUGGUGGCACUAAGGAAGUUAUAUUCACAAACACAGCUAUUGACUGGAUAAGCGGCAUUAAGACCGUCUUAAUAUCUACAGUCAGUGGAGCACCGCGCAUCGUUUCCAAUCAACUCUUUAGUGCAGAGCGAUUAGUUGAAAUCAUUAAGAAACAUGAGGUGACUGUUUGCCACAUGUCAAAUUGGCAGUUUCAAGACGUUUUCCAUAGUCCACUGGCAACUGUGGAAAAUCUAUCGAGUCUUCAGAUUAUUACCUAUGGCGGAGGUUGGGUCUCAACGAAUCUGGUGCGAGCAGCUCAAAGAACUCUUCCCAAUACUUUCUUUAUCUGUCUCUAUGGAACAAGCGAAACCGAUGUUGUUGCAGCUGCCAUAAAUCCAACGAUAGACAAUUUCGUUGGCGGCUUAUUGCCAAGGAAAAGUGUCAGAAUUUUGAGUGAUCAGGGCACGUAUCUGGGCCACAAUGAGAUUGGUGAAAUAAUCAUUAAGACAAAUCAGAAUUGGAGUGGAUAUUAUGGCAAUACAGAGCAAACAGCCAAAACUUUGGAUUCAGAUGGUUGGUUUUAUAUGGGAGAUUUGGGUUAUUUUGACAGUGAUAACAAUCUCUAUGUGGUCGAUCGUAAAAAGGAUUUACUCAGAUACAAAUCAUUUCAUUAUGCGCCCAAUGAUAUCGAAAAGAUCAUUAUGGAGUUGCCAGAAGUGCACUCUGUGUGUGUCGUCGGCAUUCGCGAUAAAUCAUACAAUGAUGCGGCUGGUGCGUUAAUCGUGAAACAACCAAACAGUUUGUUGAGUGAACAACAAGUUAUUCGGCAUGUGGUAAAGCGUAUUUCAGUGGAGUACAAACAGUUGCAUGCGGGUGUUAAAUUUGUGGACAGUUUGCCACACAACGUCAAUGGAAAGUUAUUGAGAAAAAGGGCAACAGAAAUAUUCAACGACGUACAAAUUCCAAAAGCAGCUCUAUAAAUUUAAAUGAGAUAAAAUAAAGGAGUAAACAGUUGAAGAAAGAAAAGUGAAUAAAAUUCUUAAGUUUCAAAGUUUUGGAAUCAUGGAAACAUUUUUAGGGUAAAUAAAACAAAUUUAAAGCAAGGACUUUAUUUUAAAAUUGGA